AUGGUGGACCACCCUGCAACUCCAAAAGCACGAAAAGAUGAGGUGUUCCUAGCCGCAUACACCAACAAGUUAUCUGGUCGCCCAGGAGAUACCAUACAGUUCCAUGUGUCUUGUCAAUCCAAUAGCAACACACCCAUCCACACACGACUGGUGCGAUCCAUCUGUGCGGAUCCAAACCCAAAAGGACCUGGGAUUCUAGAAGAAGAUGCCUCCCAGUGGUUUCCGCCUACCCAAUUUCAAGGUCGACAUCAACCAAUUCCCUGUGGAUCGUUUGCAGCCACCAAGGAGAGCAUUUCAUUACCGCAAGACGAAUCAUCGGUCGUGUCCAUUGACAUCUGGGUGUAUCCAACUCUGCUGCAAUCCACCCUGGUAGAUCGUCAAUAUAUCUGGACUUGGGGAAAAGACUUUGGGUUAUCCAUGAACCAAAAUGGAAAAUUACAAUUUGGAUCGCUGGUCUUCGAAUCCUAUGCGCUGUCCAUUCGAAAAUGGUAUCAAAUCUGUCUCGUUCGAAACCGGUCCGACCGUACGAUCCAACUCAAGGUUAUUAUGGAUGACCGUGAUGGGCGGAUCGUCUGUAAUGAGAUACAUCCAUAUUCUGAAACUAAUAAUGACAAUAAUUUCGCUGGAAGGUUUUCCCUGGCCACACAGGGUACCUGGAAUGGAAGGUUGGAACAUCCUCGUAUACUGCUCAAGAAUGGACAACACGGAGACGACGUUUGGAUCGAAUGGGAGACCUGGCAGAACAUGGCAGGUUGGGUCAUUCCAGCGCAAUCUCAAGUUAUGGAUGACAUGGAUGAUAAUAGAUUUGAUUUGGUCCUCCAUCAUCAGCCGACGCGUGGAAUGACAGGACACUUGUGGGAUGGAACUGAGCAUUGCUGGAAACAUGAACCGUCUCAUUAUGGAGCCAUCUACUUUCAUGAAGAUGAUGGCUACGACUUCGAGUGGGAGCCUGACUUGAAAUGGAAGAUUCCUGACAACACACCCUCUGGAAUCUACGUCUUGCACUUGACGACGACGACGACGACCACGACUGCAAUAGAUGAAGAAUCAGCGUCCGAGGACACGGUGGUUCAUCGAGAAUCGCUCCCCAUUUUCGUUUGCGCCAAAAAACCAUCUGCCAAACUAUGUGUCUUGGUUUCUACCUUUACCUAUGUCAUGUAUGGCAAUCAUGGUCGAUCCGAUUUCGAUGAACAAGCUUUUGAUCGGAUACGACAAGAGGAUGGCUAUAAGUCGUCUGCGACUGUCUACCCUCACAAUGCGUUCCAGCAUCCUUCCUACCGCCAGUCGACCUACAAUUUUCAUUCCGAUGGUUCUGGCAUCCACUACGCAUCUCAUCGUCGGCCUCUCUUUACAACUCGACCAGGAUACAUUAGUUUACCUCAUACUUCUUGCUCGGGACUGCGUCAUUUCCAAGCAGAUAGUCACCUAAUUGCCUUUCUCCAUUUCCAACAACAACAGCAACAACAACAGCGCCACAGCAACGACGGCGCUACCAGUUGUCCCUUUGAUUACGAUAUCAUUACAGACCAUGAACUUCAUUCUGAAGGUGUUUCUUGUCUACAAGACUACGAAACCCUCAUGACUGGAACACAUCCCGAAUAUCACACUCUUGGUAGUUUGUCUGCCAUCAACGACUUUCGGGACAAAUGUAAUGGAAACAUUAUUUAUCUGGGUGGGAAUGGUUUCUACUGGCGAAUAGGAGCGUCAGAGGUACCUACCCCACCAUGGUUGUCCAGUGGCCAAGACCACAAAGACGACGACGACGACGACAGCAAUUCGGUACAUUUAUUAGAGAUUCGUCGUGCCGAAGAUGGUGUACGAACCUGGGCGUGCGAGCCAGGAGAAUAUUAUCAUGCCCUGGAGGAAAAAUGUACCUAUGGUGGAUUAUGGCGCCGCAAUGGGAGGCCGCCACAGAAAUUAGUGGGCAUUGGAUUUUCUUCUCAGGGACCCUUUCAAGGAAUGCCCUUCCAGCGAAACUUGUCACUGGAUCCAAGCCUGCAUUGGAUUUUGGAGGGGAUUCCCACCGAUCAAACCAUCCUGGGAGACUUUGGCUUGAGCGGUGGAGGUGCUGCAGGAUUUGAAUUGGAUCGGGUCGACCGAGGCUUGGACGGAUUGGAAGCUUCGCGAUUCAGUGUUCCAAUUACCAUUGUUGCGCAAUCACAUGGACAAGAACCAGACUUUAUCCUGGUACCGGAAGAGGUCUUGACGACUUACUCGAACACGUCUGGAUUGACAGAAGCAGAAGCAAAGCGAGCCGACAUGAUCUACUUUCGCUUGAAACGUUCUGUACCGAGUGUUGGCUCGUCCUCUACUCAAUCUCCUGACGAUGAUGAUGCUGGUGGGUCCCAAGUCUUUUCCGUUGGAUCCAUCACCUUUUGUGGAAGUUUACCUCACAACAGAUUCGAAAAUGAGAUUGCAACUAUUUUGUGCAACGUUCUGACACGGUUUGCUAGCACUGAUUGA